AGUGAUAGUAAUGGUAGUGAUAGUAGUGAUAGUAAUAUUAGUAGUAAUGGUAGUGAUAGUAAUAUUAGUAGUAAUGGAAGUGAUAGUAAUAUUAGUAGUAAUGGUUGUGAUAGUAAUAUUAGUAGUAAUGGUAGUGAUAGUAGUGAUAGUAAUGGUAGUGAUAGUAGUGAUAGUAGUAAUGGUAGUGAUAGUAAUAUUAGUAGUAAUGGUUGUGAUAGUAAUAUUAGUAGUAAUGGUAGUGAUAUUAGUAGUAAUGGUAGUGAUAUUAGUAGUAAUGGUAGUGAUAUUAGUAGUAAUGGUAGUGAUAGUAAUAUUAGUAGUUCCUCUCAUAGGAACAUGAAUAAGAUGAAUUUGUGCGGAGGAGGAGUCUCGAGUUUUGCCAUCAGCUGGAAGACAGUUUUUGGUCAGUGUCAGUGGAGGAAAGGGAGUGCGAAGGGACGUUGAAAGACGACCCUCAGUCUUCUCCCUCCGCUGAGACUGGCCAUCAGAUGGAAGACGGUGACCCUUUUUGGUCAGUGUCAGUGGAGGAAAGGGAGAGCGAAGGGACGUUGAGAGACGGACCCUCAGUCUUCUCCCUCCGCUGAGACUGGCCAUCAGAUGAGGCACCAUCAGCCCAGUAAAAUAAAAAGCAAAUUAUAUAAAUGUAUGCUCACUCAGCUGUACCUCAACAGUACUACAACAACAGAUCUAUUACUGGUGUGAUCAUAAAGCCUACCUCACAUUUCUAUAGAUUUUUUAUUUAUUUAAAAAAAAUAGUCCGAACAGGGCAAUUCUAGCAAAGCCAAUAUGAGGUGACAAUGUAUUUGCCUAUAGCUUACUGCACAAACCUCAUUGCUACGGUACUGUUUUUAAUAGGUUAAUGUUGCAUAGGCUUACGUUUUUUUAAGUUGUAUUUAAAAAAAAUCUGAGUUGAAGAUCUCAGCUUGCAUUUUAUCUCAAAGUGAUCUUGACCCAGAAAAGGUUGGUGACCGCUGAUCUAGUGACUCAGUAAACACACAACUGUGACACAGUAGAUCAUUGUUAUUUAAUCUGCUGCUGCCCAUGGAAAUAUUCUCCACUCUCUCACAUUUAUACAUGUUACAUGUUUAUAUUAUAUGUUACCUGUUUAUAUUAUAUGUUACCUGUUUAUAUACAGUGGGGAGAACAAGUAUUUGGUACACUGCCGAUUUUUGCAGGUUUUCCUACUUACAAAGCAUGUAGAGGUCUGUAAUCCCCAAAGAAUGAUGUUUCCACCUCCAUGCUUCACGGUUGGGAUGGUGUUCUUGGGGUUGUACUUAUCAUUCUUCUUCCUCCAAACACGGCGAGUGGAGUUUAGACCAAAAAGCUCUAUUUUUUACUUAAUAAUCAUACAAUGUGAUUUUCUGGAUUUUUGUUUUAGAUUCCGUCUCUCACAGUUGAAGUGUACCUAUGAUAAAAAUUACAGACCUCUACAUGCUUUGUGAGUAGGAAAACCUGCAAAAUCGGCAGUGUUUCAAAUACUUGUUCUCCCCACUGUAUGUUACAUGUUUUAUUCUCAACCUAUUUUCACUGUUUCUAAACAGGUUCCAGAGAAGAAAGAGGAACUUGAUAUUUCUGUUUACUCUACUUUACACUUUCAGUAUCAAUGUGCUACUAACGUGUCAAGAUGUGGAUGAGGAAUCUAUCCACAUACAGGUGCUACAAGUUGAGCCACUCCUCGUGGAUACAGUACUUUUCUACCAACUGGUGUAUACACCAUGCCUAUAGACCAUGCCCACUAAAGUUAAUGAUCACACCUCUCCUUUUAAACUGAGGUGUGAGAGAUGUGCGUCAUUUACUUGAGCUGAGGUCGAGGUUGAGACACAUUCAGUUGAGCAGUAGUCUUCUUCGCGGUGGUUUCCAUUGAUACUAAUAUCAGAUAAAGAAUACUAACAAGACAUCGUAGAAAGAGAAUACCAGACUAGUAAUGGCUGCAGUUUCCUUGUCCAGAUCUCCGAGAGUGUUCAGGAACUUGUCUCUGAUCCUAUUGAGUGGAUCAGUCUCUCUGCUCCUGUGGAUGGCUCUCAGACGUCCGCUGGGCUCAGACAGGGGUCCUGUCCCCGCUGCAGACCUCCUCCCCUCGGACUACGCUGCCGACCUGCAGGCCUGCUCAGCCAUAAUCCGAGGAGACAUGGAGGGUCUGGAGAGGGAGCAGCUCAGCCUCCUGCUGAAGACCAAGAAGAAGCAGCAGCUGCUUUCAGAGGAGUUCUACCACAAUGUAACUCAGGACUGUCAGAGGUACGUUGCAGACAGAGGGUUCAUCACCGUUCCUCUGAGCCAGGAGGAAAAGGAGUUCCCCAUCGCCUACUCCAUGGUCAUCCACGAGAAGAUUGAGAUGUUUGAGAGGCUCCUGCGUGCUUUGUACACUCCUCAGAACGUCUACUGCGUCCACAUCGACCAGAAAUCAUCCGAGGACUUCAGGAGUGCAGUGAGAGCUAUUGUUUCCUGCCUACCCAAUGUGUUUGUGGCCAGUAAGAUAGAGAGCGUGAUCUACGCCUCCUGGUCCAGAGUGCAGGCUGACCUGAACUGUAUGGAGGACCUGCUAAAGUCACCUGUCCAGUGGAGGUACCUUCUCAACACCUGUGGAACCGACUUCCCCAUUAAGACCAACGCUGAGAUGGUUCAGGCCCUCAAGCUGCUGAACGGAAAGAACAGCAUGGAGUCAGAGGUCACCAACGGCUACAAGAAGGGCAGAUGGCAGUUCCACCACAACGUCACCAACACCGUGGUCAGGACAGAGGUUAAGAAGACCCCUCCACCAAUCAACACCCCCAUGUUCUCUGGCAACGCCUACUUCGUGGUAUCCAGAGCCUUCGUCCGUCACGUGAUGAAGAGUCAGGAGGUCCGGGUUCUGCUGGAGUGGGAGAAGGACACCUAUAGUCCUGAUGAACACCUGUGGGCCACUCUGCAGCGCAUGCCCGCUGUCCCAGGCUCCAACCCCUCCAACAGUAAGUACCAGCAGUCUGAUAUGAACUCCAUAGCCAGGGUAGUGAGGUGGAGCUACCUGGCUGGGGAUGUGAGGAGCGGAGCCCCCUACCCCCACUGCUCCGGGACCUACAGGAGAGCUGUGUGUGUCUAUGGAGCUGGAGACCUGCAGUGGCUCCUAAACCAACACCACCUUAUCGCUAACAAGUUUGACCCCGAGGUGGAUGAUGUGGCAAUCAGGUGUCUGGAGUCAUACCUGCGCUUUAAAGCAACACACAGUGUAUCAAUAAGGACAGUGGAAUCUGGGAAUAUCUUACAAAAACUAUGAAAAGGUUGUAAAAUACAACCGUGUAGCUGUUUUUACCCCUUUAACUCUAUUCUCAAACGGCUAGAGCGUGUUUUUAUUUCUGAUUUAUACUGUAUAUUUCUGAUGUUAAAUGUAAGAGGGUUGUAAAUAAAAAUGUAGUUUUUCUUAGAUGCUGGGGUUUGCACUGUAUCGGUGUGAUUGCUAUGAAUAUUCCAGACAUACACCAUCCUGUAGUCUUUAAUUAGUACUGCAUCUACUGCAUUUUUCACUGUUUCUAAACAGGUUCCAGAGAACAAAGAGGAACUUGAUAUUUCUGUUUACUCUACACUUUACACUUUCAGUAUCAAUGUGCUACUGACGUGUCAAGAUGUGGAUGAGGAAUCUAUCCACAUACAGGUACUACAAGUUGGAUCUUGUACUUCAGCUCAUGAAACCCUUUACAUGCUGAGUUGAUAUUAUUUGUUCAGUAUAUUUAUAUAUAGAUUGAACAGAAAUCUGCCAUUCAGCACACGCCUUUAUGCAAAGUGGCUUUACAGUCAGAAAUGUUCUUACUCAUGUAGAAGCAGCUCGUCUUCUCUGUUACUUAAGAUAUUGUUUAACAUUAGAGCGGCUUUAAUUAAAAUCCAAACACCAAGGUAUUAAGGCAGCUUUUUCAUUUGACUCCUCAUUUAAGAGUAGUUUUUUUGUUGGAACCAUGCCAUUUUUUACUGUAGAAUUCCUAAGACAUGAUUGUAACUAAUUUGAGUCAAACAUGAAACUAAACCCAGUCUUACCCUGUAAUGUAUUGUUAGUAUAGUAUAUCGUGUAAUAACAAUAUGUUUUCUAUGCCAACUACUGUGGUAAGUUUUUGUUUUUUUCUGUUGUACUUGAAAAAUUCUUCCUAAUGAAUAAAGACACAUUUUUUGGUUUUUUACUUUAGAGAAAUAAUGUACAAGAA